AUGAUUACGAUUAGACAGGCACGGGCGGGCGACCAGAUUGGCAUGCAGAACUGCAAUUUGCAUAAUCUGCCAGAGAACUACCAAAUGAAGUACUACCUGUACCACUUUGCGACCUGGCCGCAGCUUUCCUUUGUUGCAGAGAACGAGCAAGGGCGGGUUGUCGGCUAUGUUUUGGCAAAGAUGGACGACGACGCGGGUGCGCAGCCGCCACUGGACGGCCACAUCACAUCGCUCUCCGUUUUCGGAGCAAAGGGUGUGUCUCUGCAUGUGCGCGUGUCGAAUACUGCCGCGUACUCGCUGUACAAGAACACCCUGAAAUUCGAGGUUGAUCACACCGAGGAGAAGUACUAUGCCGAUGGCGAGGACGCAUAUGCGAUGAAGAAGGAUUUGACUGGCAUGUACUUGAACGAGAAGAAUGAUUUGGACUUUUAA